CAAUGGCUCCCAGCUUGGCCCAGGCCUUCAGGAGGAGGUGGUGGAUGGCAGUCACAGCCAUCAUAGAGAACCUGCUCUUCUCUGCAGUGCUGCUGGGCUGGGGCUCACUGCUCAUCAUGCUGAAGAGCGAAGGCUUCUUCUCACACCUUUGUGUUGAAAAUGUGACUGUGGACCCCAACGUGACCGUGGUGGAGAGCGGGGCCUGGCCGAGCUGUACGGAGCAGGAGGAGGUGUUGAACCUGGGCUUCACCAUUGGCUCCUUCCUCCUGAGUGCAGCCACUCUGCCUCUGGGCAUCCUGAUGGACAGAUUUGGGCCACGCCCACUGAGGCUCGUUGGCAGCGCAUGUUUCGCAGCUUCCUGUGCCAUGAUGGCUGCCGCUGCUUAUGAUCCUGAAGCGCUGUCUUUCCUCAUCUUCCUCGCUGUCUCCUUCAACGGCUUCGGAGGAAUCUGCCUGACCUUCACCUCACUCACA